GAAAAGAGGAAGAGGACCGCAGCAUGUUUGUUAAAAAGAUUCGGUUCUUACAUCGGUCCGCUUUACGUAUCGCAGAUGAUCCACAACGCUGGAUAAUGCACAAGAGUUGCUCUGUACGCAGAUGAUCGUUGCAACGCGUCUGCUACGCAGAUGUAGAUGAUCGUGUACUCAAAAACGAUGGAAGCGGUCUGGCGGGUGCGGUAAACUUUUUUACGGCUGCUGUGCUUUUCUACCAGACGACUUGCUGAACACGCAGAUGGGAUUCAGACCUCCGUAGUUUACGUACUUUCGGGAAAACUAUACCAUCACAGCGAGUACGAGUUCUCGUUCUGGUUUUCUUUCUACCCUCCGGCGCGAUCACGAUGUCAGCCCCGGUUCCCGCCACGCUUUCCCGAGGACAGAAACUUGUCCUCGGUACGAAGAUCAGCAGGUACCUGCUCGCCCGGACCUUCCAACGCCCCAUCUAUAUGUAAUGCAAAAAGAACAUCGUACUAGAACUGAACUAGUAUAAACUGCAUUACAAAUUUCCUCAGCAUGAGAAAUGGAAUUUCUAAUGCGGAUUUAGCUUGAGAAGGAAAUAAUGCAUAAAUGCGAUUACUACGAGUGCGAUACUUUUGCAAUGCAUAAUCUACGCGAUAAAACGAAACCGCGUCAACUUUCUCAUGUUCGCUUCCACGGUCAGUGUGGCCGCGGCCUGCUGGUUCUCUGUCAGGAGAAUAUCGCCAGGCUGUGUCGGACUCCUCAUCAAUGACGGGAAGGUACUUGUACAUACAAUCCUUCCAAUUAUAGUUUCUCUAUCUGCUCGUGAACUUGGUCCCGCCGGUGUUUGAUUUUUCGAACUGAACUAGAACAUUAUAGAUGGAUCAAGAUGAACAAACAAAAUUUUUUAUCAGGCCCAGCCCCACGUUUUUGAUGGCGGGAUGCUGCUGAUAACAAACCCCCUCCGCGACAGUUACGUGUCCAUGCGGCUAAGUCCUGUUCUGAAGCGCUUUAUACGCACCUACAAGACGGUAGAUGGGAAGGAUAUCGAGGUAACGAUAGAUUUCUUCUGCUGCAACAAGCGUUUUUUUGUGCACCAAGGUUUGAUGUUGCUCGAGAUAGCCCACCUACGUGCUUCCAACAUCAUACCUCAGAUCCACAUGCGAUGCGCGCUGAAAAUCAAGCUGCACUGGGCGCCAGAGAUAUGGCAAACGUUCGGGCGAGAUUUUGGCCGCGGGUUUUUGGAAAAAGAGUUCGACCUCGACGCCAAAGACGUCCUGAAAAAAUACACGUUCAUCGAACUUACGCACCGACGCUACGCGGACCUGCAGAUGCAAAUCAUCGAGGAACUGAAGGAACGGAUAGGGGACGCGUGUUCCUUUCACCAUCUGGAACUAAAAGACGCGCACGAGCUGGAAAUCGAGUUCCGGUCGCCGCAAUUCUGAGAAGAAAUGGCUAUAGAGUGCUUUCUCUGGUACUGGUGCCUGGUGCUCCACCUCCCUCAAUGGACCGAUCACCCUCCGAUUUUGGCUUUUUGACACAUCGUUGAAUGGUACUUACUCCAUCUGUGCGCAUCAACAUGGCAAAGUAUUAUUUCAGCAU